UGAUGAUGCAACGUACGGUUUGUGUGCAUUGUUCUUGUACUCUUAAUUGUACGUACCCGUGAUUUAUAAGUAAAUUAAACAAUAGUGCUAAUACAAUUUGUAUGGAGAUUAUACAGGAAACAUAUAUUUUUAAAUUAUAUUAAUAGGAAACGCUAAUUAUUUUAUUUCAACAUAAGCAAUAUUUCAUAUUUCCAGUUACCUAUUUAAUUGAAUAAAGAUGUUGUCAGGAAGACCUCCCGUAACAGAGAAUCCUUUGGGACUUUCCUGGCAUGACAGUGCAUGGAUUCCUGUGUUAAAUCCAAACAAUAUAAUGGAUUAUUUUUCGGAAAGGAGUAAUCCUUUUUAUGAUAGAACCUGUAAUAAUGAGAUUAUUAAAAUGCAACGGUUAAGCCCUGAUCAAUUGCAAAAUAUGACUGGUCUUGAAUAUAUUCUUUUACAUGUACAAGAACCUAUUUUAUAUGUAAUUAGAAAGCAACAUCGUCAUUCUUCUACUUUAGCAACACCACUUGCAGAUUAUUACAUUAUUGCUGGUGUUGUGUAUCAAGCUCCUGACUUGGCAUCUGUUGUCAGCUCUAGAUUGUUAUCUACAGUACACCACUUACAAUCUGCUUUUGAAGAAGCUAGUUCAUGUUCAAGAUACCAUCCCAGUAAGGGUUAUUAUUGGGAUUUCAAAAAUGGCAAAGCUAUGGCAGCAAAGAAAGAAACACCUGUUCGUGAGGAACCAAGUUCUUUAUUCCAACGCCAAAGAGUAAACAUGUUACUUGCAGAACUCACACGCAAGUUUCCAUUACCUGUUCCAAAACCGGUGCAUCAAGCUAUAGAAUCAUCCAUGGAAAUUAAACAAGAAAUUAAAACUGAAAAGAAAGACAUGAAACCACCACCAGAAAAGAAGCCAAAAAUUAAUUAAUAAUGUAUUAAUGAUAACUAAGAUUAAUAACGUUCUAGCAAUGAAUUUUAGUUUCAUUUGUAAAUGAUGCAAUAACAAAUAUACUUCUUGUUAUGGUUAUAGUGUAUAAGAAGAAAAAUGAUAUGUGAUGGAAAUACGUGUCCGAAAUCGUACGCGGAUACGAAAAUCUACGAACAGUGUCAUUACGUUACCGACGACAAUGAAUUCAUCAAGAAUCUGAAACACGAGAAGUGUAAAAUAAUUCAAUUAGUUCGUCGACAAAUCUAUAAUUUUCACAAUGCUCAAGUAACAACAUCCUAAUUAAAAGUUUCUGUAUAAUUCAGAAUUUUGUGUUCACGUAUUGAAAGGGAACAAGUAUGAACUUGUUGAACAAAUUGCAGAGAAGUUUCCAGCUGGAAUAUCAAAAUAUUUCCAACGUCAAGAACGAAGACAUGAAUGUGAAAGAAGGAACAAAUAUCCAUGAAUACGUUACACCAACUGCUUUUAAUAGGAAUUCAGAGUCAAUUUGUCAAGCAUGGCUUGUAGGCAGGUUAAAAAAGAUUCGUCAAAGAAUUUGCAUGAUAGUAUUGAUUGCUGGAUUGAUCUUAUUGAUAUGGUUGAUAUGCAGUAUUUAUUUCCGGGGAUAUCUUUGCAAUAAUGGAAAAUCUUGCAUUACCUCUCUUCGGUACACUCAUGCCAAACAUAAAUUAUUUUAAAUUGAGCUCUUCUUAAUAUUUACAAAGAUCAAUAGAUAUAACGAUGAUUCUUCAAAUAAAAAUAAAUGUGGUAUUUGUCUGGGUUAAA